AUGGCGGAGAAAUUUAAACGAUUUAUGCGUGAUAUUUUCCCCUCCGAUGUGGAUAAGGGUGAAAUCGGUUCGGUCAAUUUAAAUAUUUGGUUAGCGCAAAUCACCGGAGUACCUAUAAUUGGUCUAAAACAUGAAUCAAAUUGGGUUAGAAACAUAAUAUUGAUAUAUGGAAUCUUCAUUACUACGGUGGUGACUUUUAUUUAUACGGGUUUUGAAAUUUAUGAUUUAUACAUGAACUGGCAUGAUUUGGACAGUUUGACACAGAAUACAUGCUUAUCGCUGACCCAUAUUUCGGGUGCCAUAAAGACGGUAAAUUUAAUUUUGAGGUUACCCCGCCUCCGUGGUGUAAUCCGCAAAUUAAAGCAUGUCACCAAAACCUAUAUAAAAUCGGAGAAGCAGCUAUUGGUAUUUUAUGAUGGCGAAGUGGAGAAUAAACUGGUUCUAAGUAUUUAUAUAGGCAUUGUGGCCUUUACCGGAUUUAUGGGCAUGAUUAUGUUAUAUAUGAAUCCCGAAGCUGUUGCCGGUAAAAUCUUUCCAUAUCGUGUCAUAUUACCUUCGUGGAUGCCUCAGCAGCUACAGCUCCUCUACAUGGGUCUGAGCGUUAUUAUCUUUGCCAUACAAAUCAUAGCUGUGGAUUAUUUAAACGUUACGAUCAUCAAUCAAAUUCGUUUUCAAUUGAAUAUUUUGAAUUUGGCUUUCGAUGAUUUGAUUGUUGAGACUCAAACCAACCCAAGGGAAACUAGGCACUUGGUUCUCUAUAAAGAUGAUCCGGUGAGGAGAAUGAAUGCCAUUGUUGAACAUCAUUGUCUGCUGAGAGAGUUACGUCAAGAUACAGAGGAUAUUUUUAGCCAACCUAUAUUGUGGCAGUUCAUGACAUCCGUUAUUAUCUUUGCCAUGACUGGUUUCCAGGCCACCGUUCGCUCGAGUGGCAGCAGUGCGGCUGUACUUAUUUAUGCCUAUUGUGGUUGUAUUUUUUGCGAACUUUUUGUCUACUGCUGGUUUGGCAAUGAAGUUUCCGAACAGAGUAAAACAAUCGGAACGAGCGGAUUUCAUUCAUCUUGGUAUUCAUUUGAUCGACGCUAUGGCAAAUCUCUUUUAAUAUUCCUUACCAAUGCACAGAGGCCAUUUGUGUUCACAGCUGGUGGAUUUAUGGGACUCUCUUUGCCCAGCUUUACCGGAAUAUUGAGUAAAUCGUACUCUUACAUUGCUUUGUUGCGUCAAAUCUAUGGCAAUUGAAACGGCGAGAAGAACAAAGAGAAC